AUGACCACCACCACCAAAUCGCUAGAAGAAGAUAUGGUGGACUUCGAUCUUGAGUUGCUCACUAAUAUGCUUAUGAAGAGGACAGAAGAGGACAAAAGGGAGCAAACUGCUUUCUUCAACAAGCUCGACGCAGCCAUCGAAGAAGUGCAGGCUCUGCGGCAAAGCAUAGAGCCUCUUUUCACAGCUAUGAGCACAAUCACUCGCAACAAUCCAACUCGAGACCCUCACUGGGACUGCAAUGUGCAGGGCAGACUGAACGAGGAGAAGUCCGAAGAGUAA